AUGGACGUAAGUGUUAUGGCACCAAAUGCCAUGGUGGUUACACCACAUCACCUGGCUACUCAAACUGCCAUAAUGAUAUUACGUCAGGGCGGGACAGCUAUUGAAGCAAUGGUUGCCGCUGCAGCGACAAUAUCCGUUGUGUACCCUCAUAUGAAUAGUAUAGGAGGUGAUAGUUUCUGGCUGAUUCUCCCACCGAAUGGUGAUCCCGUAGCUAUUGAUGCGUCUGGUCCGGCAGGAAGCUUAGCUGAUCUGAACUUUUUUCAAGGUAUUAAUAAAAUUCCAGACAAAGGUCCAAAGUCUGCGAUUACAGUAGCAGGAACAGUUGCAGGCUGGGAAGCGGCAUUGCGAUAUCUAACAGAAUCUGGUUAUCAACCGAUGCCUGUCGCUAAUCUUCUAUCAGACGCCAUAGCCUACUCUGAACACGGUUUUCCAAUUUCAUCAAGCCAGGCAAAAGCAAAUGAAAUAUUUAAGACGAGGCUAACAAAUUUUACUCAAUACUUCAAAGAUGUAUUUUAUCCUGCUGGUAGAGUUUUAAAAACUGGGGAUCUUUUGUAUCAGAAAAACUUAGCAAACACUUUUAAAGAUCUUGCAAAUAACGGAUUGGAUAGUUUCUAUCGUGGCACUGUAGCUCAAUCAAUAGUCGAAGAUAUGCAAACUCUCGGCAUGCCUAUAACAGAAUCCGACCUUUUUAAUUAUAAUACUACACGAUGUAGACCUUUGAGGCUGAAACAUUCGCAUGGUGAGUUAUUAAACUUACCACCACCUACACAAGGGAUACUUUCGCUAUCCAUACUUGGUAUGUUAGACGACUUACACAUUGAUGGAAAACAUGAAGGUGAAUUUAUUCAUGCCGCUGUUGAAGCUACCAAGCAGGCAUUUAAAUUGCGCGAUACAUACGUAACUGAUCCUAGAUAUAUGACUGUUUCUGCUCAAUCAUUGCUUUCGAAAAGUAAUAUCUCUGAAAUGGCAAGUCGCAUAGAUCUAGAACGGGCUUCAUCCGAAGGAAAUGGAGAUGGACCAGGUGACACAAUUUGGAUGGGUAUUAUGGAUAAAGAAGGAUUUUCAGUCUCUUUUAUACAAAGUAUAUUCCACGAAUAUGGAAGUGGCGUAGUGCUACCUAAGACUGGUAUUUUGUGGCAGAAUAGAGGUGUUUCAUUUAAUUUAAAUCCGGGCAGUUUAAGAUUUAUAGAACCGGGAAAAAAACCUUUUCACACCCUUAACCCAGCUGCUGCAAUAUUGAACGAUGGAAGAGUUAUGCUAUACGGAACUCGUGGUGGAGAUGGCCAACCCCAAACUCAAACAGCAAUUUUUCACAGAUAUGUGGUUCAAGGAAAGAAUUUACAACAAUCUGUUUACGACCCACGAUGGGCAUAUGGGCCACUUACUAUGGAUCCUACGAGUAUACUGCGUCUUGAAAAUAGAUUUUCACAAGAAACCAUAAAUUAUUUAAAGGAUAGAGGUCAUGUUAUGGCAAUGUUGCCUGCGUUUUCUGAAAUGGUGGGACAAGCUGGUGCUCUAGUUCGACAUACAAAUGGUGUAUUAGAAGGAGCCUGGGAUGUGCGGAGUAACGGAUUUGCUGCUGGUUUCUAG